GUCUCCUUCAUUAAGUCGUCGGUAUUUGUGGAGUGAACAUUGUUGUACGUUGUGUGGAGCACGUGCCGGAUAUAAUUUUUAUUCCAAUUUUAAGUAAUUUCAGUACCAAAUUUAGCAAUGGCAGACGCAGCCGUCGACAAGAAAGAUGCCGCAACUGAGGAAGUAACCUCUACAGAGGUGACAAAAGAGUCUCCAGUAAAGAAAUCACCCGCCAAGAAGGCAGUCGAGCCUGCAGUGGAGCCUGCAGAGAGCAAUGGUAAAGGAGAGAAUGGCAGUGGAGAUGCACCAGAAGAAGACAAAGAAGAUGAGGACGCGCCUGCUGAGAAUGGAGAAGCUGAAGAUGACAGCAAUGAUGCUGUUGAGAAUGGAGAUGCAACAGAAAAGAAAGAAGCUGGAGUGAAGAGGAAAUCAGUCCCAUCAGAGAAAAAUGGUGAUGCACCAGAAAAGACAGCACCUGAGAAGAAGGCGAAAGUAGCAGAUGAGGCUCCACCUGCGGAAGAGGAGGCCGCCGCCUAAGACCCCUCAGCGCCCUUCGGUCUACUGCACCGCACGUCGUACAUUAGGGCUCAACUCCCGCUCAUAUAUCCUCUAUAAAUACAUUCAGGCUGAGUUUAUAAGGCAAAAAACCUGCACAUUUAGGACAGUAUUCUGUCUCUGGGUGUCAUCUACAAAGCUGUGAGCUCCUUUUCGACGGCCGUGCAUCAUACGUCACCAAUCGUAAAUAACGGCAAACGGUUUAUAGAGAUCUUUGAGUUUUUAAGCAACCAAAUGUGAAAAUGAAGCGUAUUUCCGUUAUUUUGUAAACACCGCUCAACGUCAUGGUUUGACAAUUCAAUACAAAUUUGGCGUACGACGCAACUUGCACAUUUGUUCAUUUAAAAACUUCACGGUUUACUCAUAAUACCAUAGCGUUGUCGGAACGCGUCAUUACAAUUUUAAAUAACUCUACUAGAGAAAUUAACAUUCAUUACGAUUGCUGCGUACGGGGUGCUGACAAAUGUACGUUCAGCAACAUUAAAAUAAUUGGGAUGUCCUAGUUAGUCGACGUAGACGUCUUUUUACUCUUUCGCAACUCAUUAACUUGCUCUAGAGGUAAAAAUUGUAUUGCGAAAAAUAACUAUAAUGUGAACAUAGCAUAGCCUUACACAAUGCCAAAACUAUAGUUUUUAUACACUGUUAACAUAUUUGUAUUCUAAUAAUAUAUUUACAGAGUUGGGCCCUCUUGUGACCACACCAUGUUUAGGUUAAUGAAUACGAAUGUGUAUUUUUACCUUACCUGUGAAGAAAGUACCUGUAAAGUGUAAAUUUUUAUGUCCGUCUGUGAUGUGCGCUGCGGUGGACCGACCCUGCGUCGUGACAUCCUUGUGCUGUUUGCGUAUCGGUAUUUCACCAGACCAUUAGAGCCUCUGCACACGACGUCUUUUUAACGCGCGUUUGGGCAUCCAAGACUAGUUGAAACUAUGCAGCCGCAGCCGCAGCUUGUAUAAACUAUACCAUCUUUAACGUGUUCAUGUGUUUAACGGGCAUUGAGUUCAUACCUGCGCGCUACAUGCAUUUUAUGACGUCAAUUUUGUACCUCAUGUAAAUUUUUACGUCACAAAGUACAUGAAUGUUUUACAAUUUAAAUGUUAUUGUGAAACAGCCGAGAUUCUAAUUCUGUAUGACACUAAGAUCUAAAACCCACAAAAUACAGAUUAGUGACUGAUUUAACUCGACAAUGCUUGCGCGCGCAUUUGCAUCGCGUCUCACGCGUUUUAAUCGAUAAAAAUGCCAGCCUGCUUAUUGGCGUCGAUGAUCGUGCGUUAAAAAGUCAUCUAUAUUGGCCCUUUGGAUAGAAUUGAUGGAAGUUGGAAAAAAACUCGCAUUGGUCGAGCAAUCUAUUCCGCCAGUAGGUACUGCCAAAGUAAUUCACAAUAUGUGAAAUCAAUUCACAAUCCGUUCUGUGAACGAUGCGAUUUAUAUAAACAGCUUCCGAAAAUACAAGAAUUUAAGAUAAAUAUAAGAUUUAAUAAUUAAUGUGUUAGAUAAUAAAUUCAGUUGUAAAUUUAAGUUAGCAGUUAAAUGUCGCACAUUUAUUUUACAUAGGCAUUAUUACUUAACCACAACAUUCCUUUGACUUGGGUUUUGGAUAUCACUGUGGACUAUUGCUGAGUAAAGAUUUAACACUUAUUUCUAAUGAAAAAAAUGUUUAGAAGCGAGUUCACAGUGUACCAGUUAUUAUAAGAUAUAAAAAUUAUAAAGUUCAAAGUUGACAAAUAAGGUGAUAGUUCAUAUUGACAUAUUUUGCGUGUGCUUUAUUUUGAUUCUAUGGGUCAACAUUUUUUUAUUCCUGAUUUAUUUCUUAAUUUAUUUGCUUUUCUCAUUAUUAAUGUGAUGAUAGAUUACAAACUCGAAUAAGUUAUCUAUGUGGAUAUGAAUCCUCAUUUUUAUUCACUGUUCCAAGUUAAGGAAUAAUUUAUAUAAGAUUUUGACUAACUUUUUUCAGAUAACUAUUUGACAAUUAUAAUUGUUCAGAUUUUCAAUGUAAUUCGGAAUUACGUCUAGUAUAAGACUGUAGAAUGUACAGUUAACACGACUUAUUGUGGAGUCAGUGUUUGUAAAAGGUUUCUGGCAAUAAAUAGUCGAAUCGUAA